CUGAAGUAAGAUUUGUGCUCUCGCCUCCUCAUCAGCGCGCGCACAGAGAGGCAGGGCUGCAGGGGGAAGGCUCCACUCACAGAGUGCGCGCGGAGGACGACCUGAUCUGCUCUCCUCUCUUGUUUUGUGCUCUUUUUCCCCGUCGUUUUCGUCUGUCCGUGAAUGAAAGGGGAAGGAGAACAGAAGGUGGCUCGGUGUGGCGCUCUGGACGCAUGGACAGGCACCUAAACCGUACGCGCGUAACUGAAAAGAGAGAGAGAGAGAAGAGGAGAAGAGAAUCUCUGAAGAAGAAAGGGGAGGAUUUUCUCUUUCGAUCUGAAGCCCUCGCUUUCUGCAGCUGCGCUAGACUUUAGCUCGUUGUGUAAAGAAGGAGGGACCUGCAAACUUUGUUCAUUAAAAAAAGCACAUUAAUAAUAAAUCAAAAGCUCGGAUUGCGGUUUUUCCCUCCACUUUUAAACAUUUUUGCGCUGAUGUCAUCGCGCUGGCUUGUUGGCCGCUGUCGCGCCGGAGCUGCAGGGGAAGCGCGGUGAACGCCGGGAAAUCAGGUGCAAGGGAACCGCAGGGUGGCCGGUGAUCCACUGGGUCACAGCUGCCCCUCCUCCUCCGCCUUAUACCCCAGCUCCUCCUCACCUUGGACCGCUUUCCUGACCUCCACCGGACUCUCCUGUCCCUCACCCGCGGCCAUGCUCGCGCCCGUCGUCCUCCUUUCCUCCCUAGGGAAUACAGGGAGAAUACAGCAGCACCCUUAACUGGACCUCGGACAGCCAGCCUUACAUGGGACAACACCUAGAGGACGCACAGCUCCAAAAACAGACUAAAAAGAGAGCGAACACACCGUGCUUGGAUUAUACUUGGCUCGAAAGAGGGUCAAGUUUUAUGCCUCCCCUUUUCUCUCUGGAGGAGCCUUAAACAAGACAGCCAGAUUAACAUGGGACAACGCUUGGAGGACGCGUGGCUGUAAAGUCACAGCUCCAAGGAGACACUCAACAGAGAGCGACCACACCGUGCUUGGAGUAGGCUAAAAAGGUCAUUAUUUUGUCCACACAACUUCUGGCCGAUCCUCCCACCCACUGCAGCCAAACUUGGCUCUCGAUUUGGCCGGAGGUAGCGCGGAGCUGUUGGGUCUCUUCGGGGCUUGAACUCCGCUUCACCUGUUCCUCACUCCCUGGAGAGCACAGCUGUUAUGCCCUAAUACAAACCUCCCCACUACCCCACCCCUUCUCUCCUAUUCCCACCUCUCCUCCUCUCCUCUUCUUCCUCGCGCUCCCGCUGCCCCGCCCCAACCCGUUUACCGAGCGCAGCCGCCGUCCCGUCGCUGCCGGUGGCACACACUGCAUCGCGCACUCCUCGAUCCUUCAACUCACCAGCACACACGCACAGACACACACCUCCUCCUUCUACAGAGGAGGCUAUGCGCGCCGCCGGCCACCGGCGGGAGCCUCCGCUGACCUCGUGACCUCGUGGCUGUCCCGUCCCGUUCAGCCGUCGGAUCGGCACGUGACCCGAAAGCUGGGGAAGCUGCGCUGAACCCUCCUUUUCCCAAAAAGGCGCACGGAUCGACCGGGACGCAGAGGCACGGAGCGAUGUGGUCCUUUCUCUCCACGCUGGCUGUCUUGUUUAUCCAGAUGAUGCUGGUGAUGUGCAACCCUUUGCAGGUGUUCGGAGUUGACGGUGUGAACUUCAGCGUGCACGUGGAGAAUCAGACUCGUGCACGAGAUGCCAUGAGUCGAAGACAGCCCCGAGUCUACCAGCUCUACAGUCGCACCAGCUGCAAACAUGUCCAGGUGCUGGGCCGCAAGAUUAGCGCUCGCGGAGAGGACGGGGACAAAUUCGCCCAGCUUGUAGUGGAGGCAGACACCUUCGGCAGCCAGGUGCGAAUCAGGGGGAAAGAGACCAACUACUACCUGUGCAUGAACCGCAGGGGCAAACUCGUAGGCAAGAAGGCCAGUAGUCGUAGUCCAGACUGCGUGUUUGUGGAGAUGGUGCUGGAGAACAACUACACAGCGUUAAUGUCAGCACGGUACACAGGAUGGUAUGUGGGCUUCACCAAAAAGGGGCGGCCUCGCCGUGGCCCCCACACGCUUCUUAACAUGCAGGACGUUCACUUCAUGAAGCGCCCCCCUCCGGGAGAGCAGCCGGACCACACGCCCUUCCGCUUCACCACUGUCAGCAAGAGGAGCAAAAGGGUCCGUGCUGCACGGCCGCGUUAACAUACGCAAAAUCCCCACUGUCCCUCCAUGGGACCCUGCUAACGUUCGAGUCAGGGCCUACUAACAAAAGACACUCUUAGACUACAGCCCUGCUAAUGGGACCACGCUAAUGCUAACUACAGGACCUGGUGUCGAUGGAAGGUUGGAAAGUCUAACUCCAUUUGACUGGCUAAUGGACAAUGCUAAAUAUGGAAUGCUUUCCUUUUUGAAGGGUCAGCUAUGUGUAACAUCCUGCAGUAAACAGGAUCUGAACUGGACCUGCUAGCAUACCAAAACAACUGCUACUCCCCUCUAGAGCCUUGACAUGGCCUGAUGUUGACAAACUAAACCAAGCCAAAACUGACAAGAUCAGUGGAACUUAAUGCAAUGACAAGCUCUAGCCUUUUUCUAUGGUCUAAGGAAGCAAAAAACAGACAAUGGUAAACUAACAACCCUCGUUGCACCAUGGGGGGACACUGACGCAGCAGCCUGCUAACCCAGCUAUCGCUUCCUACCACUUCAUGAGAGGGAUACUCUUUCCUACAGCAUAGGCUCCACUCAGGAUUCCCAGAGCAAGAUUCAUUUGGAACUAGACCUACAUGGCUGGGAGAGAAUAAUGGGUCUCCUGGAUUCCUGUAGAAGAUUAUGAGAAAAGAGUUCUGGACUGAGUCCUACUAAAGGACUCAAGAGUGAUAAAGAGGAGAGACUAAAACUGAAAAGCCUCCCUCUGCCUCUGCCUGCAAGCUAGUAUGAAUUUAGGAGUGAGUGAGUAUGUGUGUGUGUGUGCCUGUGUGUAUGUGUUUGAAAGAGUGUUUCAAGUUGCACCAAAGACCACAUUGGAUGCUACCACGGAUGACUCUGAGGAGUACAUCUGCGUAGGCGAGCUUGAAAAAAAUAUAUAGCCUACCUAUGGCUGGAAAAACCUACUAAAACUGGAAUGUAAUGUAAAAAAAAAAAAAAGAACACCCAGAAACUCCUUAGAAAGCUGCACCAAAAAUGACCUAACGACCAAAGACAACUAGAGACCAAUGAUGAACUUGACAACCCCCACACCCUAGAGCCUCUGAAGCCACCAAGCCUAUCAGAGUAGAGCACUCAGCAGUGGGACAGGAAAGGCACGGGGUUGCUUUCGGAACGACACAAGGAGCAACGUUCACGUUUGGGUUCCAAUCGGAAUGCUGCUAGUGGAAAAUUCAGUGGAGUACCAAAGUCACUUACAUUAUUAUUAAAAGGAAAAAACAAACAUAACAAUAAAUAAAACUAUAUAUAUAUAUAUGAAAAGAGCAAAGCUAAAUAAGCGAUUA